AUGGCCGAGCCGCCUGUCGUCCCUCCAAUCGAACCCCCACCACCCCCCGAAACGUCGCGUCCCCUCCACACACUCCCCGCGCCUUUCUCUCAAAAUGCACUGGAAAUCAUAACACAAGGUGCUGAGGCCCUCGUAUACAAGACCACUUUCCUCACCCCCCAUACGCCCGUCGUCGUCAAAUACCGGCCACCGAAGCCAUACAGACAUCCCACUUUAGACAAGCGCCUCACAAAGCAGAGGUUACUGGCCGAGGCAAGAAGUCUUAUAAGAGUCAAGCGGGAUGGCGUCAAUGUACCGGGGGUGAUUGGCGCGGACUGGGAUGCGGGCUGGUUGGUGCUGGAGUAUGUCGAUGGCAGGACUGUAAGGAAAGUGUUGGACGGGUGGGCACAUCAAGUCACGCAGAGAGAAAAAGAGAAGAAAGACGCAGAGAGCGGCAACGCAGAAGCGCAGGAAGGACAAGAAGAGAUACUAGACCUAAUGCGAAGAGUCGGACGGGAAGUAGGCAAGCUGCACGAACUGGGCGUAUGUCACGGAGAUCUCACAACAAGCAACAUCAUGUUACGCACACCCAAGUCGCAAGACACUCCAGCACAACAACAACAGCAACGUCGAAUACCACGCGGAAAACAGACAACGAGCUCACUCCGCGAAGCAGCCAUGAACGGCGAAGAACCUCCUGACCUCCCCCCUGCGGACCCGCCGCAAGAGUCCAACACCAACUCGCUGGCUGGCGACAUCUUCCUCAUCGAUUUCGGUCUUACGACUGCGAGCAUACAAGACGAGGAUAAGGCUGUUGAUCUGUACGUCCUUGAGAGGGCGUUCUCGGCAACGCAUCCCGCUGCGGAGCCGCUGUUCCAGGAAGUGCUCAAGGCGUAUGGAGAGUGUGGGAAGGGGGCUAGGGGUGUACUAAAGAGGUUAGAAGGGGUUAGAUUGAGGGGGAGGAAGAGGAGUAUGCUUGGUUGA